AUGGGGAAUUGUUUGACUUGCCACGAUCAAAAAGAAGGUAUUCAGUGCCACGGCGACAAUGGCAUGACGUCGAUGGGUGCAAAUACACAAGGUGGUGGCCAGACACUUGGGCAAGCUCCAUUCAGUAGGCACUAUGGUCCUUCAAGCGACGCUACUUCGGUUAGUGUCAAUCAAUCUGCCAUUGUGCCAACCUCACGUGGAGCAUUGCAGCCUUCCCAGCAAUAUUCAGUGAACCUUUAUGGAAUGCAGAAUGGACCACAACAGAAUGCCUCCUUCGCCUACGGCCCUACUCAACCUCCUACAACACUUGACCAGCAGCUAGCCGAACAGUCGCCUCGAGUCGUGAGAGUUCAUGCCCUGUACACUUAUGUUGCUCAAAAUGCUGAUGAUCUGAGCUUCCAGAAGGGUGAUGUCAUGCUGGUAGAGUCUGGAUUAUCAGAAGCUUGGUGGUUAGCGCGUCACUUGAGGACUGGACAGCAGGGCUACAUACCCAGUAAUUAUGUGACCGUAGAAAACGGUCAAUCAACACAAAUGGAAGCCUGGUAUGACAUUACACGUAAAGAUGCCGAAAGGAUGCUUUUGAUGCCCGGUUUGCCUCAAGGGACGUAUAUUUUACGCCCCUCUUCCGAUGCCCGAAACUACGCGCUCUCCAUCCGGUUCGAAACUGAUAGGAAUUUGUACGCAAUAAAGCACUACAAGAUACGAACUCGUGAUAAGGGUGCCGGUUUCUACAUCACUAAUCGCACUAACUUUGCUUCCGUCGCCGAUCUCAUCUCCCACUAUCAGUGAGCGAUCUUUAAACAGCUUGUUUUUCUUGUUUCCGGAUACUGA